CCUCUUCUGUGAAGAGAAACAGAUACUCUCGUGAAGAAACAAUGAGGCCGAUGCAGAUGGAGUUCUUCGGAGACAUGGAUGAGCAAGGAUCGACGGUGGCGAUGGACGUGGACGACGUCGAUCCACUCGAGAUCUUCGGCGAGGGCGUCAUCUCCAUGGAAAAUAAGCUCGUCGACGCCGACUUCUUCAAUAAAUUUGAGGACGAUUUCGAUGAUACAGACAUUAACUAA